ACGGCUCGCCGCGGCGGCGCCCCUCCCUUUCCGUGCCGGCGACGAGCCGACGACCGGCGCUCCGUCCCUUACCCGCCGCCAUCACCCCGCCGUCCCCGAGCAGCUCGACAACGCCGACCAGCAGUCCAGCACCGAGGCCCCCUCUGGUCGCAGCGCUGCUCGUGAAGUAGGGGAAGCCACCGCGUUGCCGUCGCCGGUGCUCGCAGUGAGGGUUUGAUAGGACAAGUACAUGGACUGAAGUUCAAAGCUGAACCAGCAUAGGCAAUGGAAGACGAAAGCAACACGCUCCGAGUACUAGUGGCGACCGAUUGCCAUCUCGGCUACAUGGAAAAGGAUGAGAUACGUAGAUUCGAUUCAUUUCAGGCGUUUGAAGAGAUAUGUUCGUUAGCUGAGCAGCACAAGGUCGACUUUGUGCUACUUGGUGGUGACCUUUUCCAUGAGAACAAGCCUUCACGUUCAACCUUGGUGAAGACCAUUGAGAUUUUACGACGUUACUGCUUGAAUGACCAGCCAGUGAAGUUCCAGGUUGUCAGUGAUCAGACAAUUAACUUCCCAAACAGAUUUGGCCAAGUAAAUUAUGAAGAUCCAAACUUCAAUGUUGGAUUGCCUGUGUUCACUAUCCAUGGAAACCAUGACGAUCCUGCUGGGGUGGAUAAUCUCUCCGCUAUUGAUAUUCUUUCGGUGUGCAAUCUUGUAAACUAUUUUGGGAAGAUGGACCUAGGUGGCUCUGGCGUUGGUCAAAUUGCAGUCUAUCCUGUACUCGUAAAAAAGGGUACAACUUUUGUUGCACUAUAUGGCCUUGGAAACAUCAGAGAUGAACGAUUAAACAGGAUGUUUCAGACACCUCAUGCAGUACAAUGGAUGCGACCUGAAACUCAAGAUGGAAUGUCAGUAUCUGACUGGUUCAAUAUUCUGGUUCUUCAUCAGAAUAGGAUAAAAACAAACCCUAAAAGUGCCAUCAAUGAGCAUUUCUUACCACGUUUUCUGGACUUUAUAGUAUGGGGCCAUGAGCAUGAAUGCCUUAUCGAUCCCCAGGAGGUACCUGGGAUGGGUUUUCACAUUACUCAACCAGGCUCGUCAGUUGCGACCUCCCUGAUUGACGGUGAAGCAAAACCAAAGCAUGUUCUUUUGUUAGAAAUCAAGGGAAACCAGUAUAGGCCAACCAAAAUACCUUUGAGAUCUGUUAGACCUUUUCAGUAUGCUGAGGUUGUGUUAAAAGAUGAAGUGGAUGUUGAUCCCAAUGAUCAAGCUUCUGUUCUUGAACAUUUGGAUAAAAUUGUAAGAAAUCUUAUUGAGAAGAGUAGCCAGCCAACAGCCAGCAGAUCAGAGACCAAACUUCCCUUAAUUAGAAUCAAGGUAGAUUACUCUGGGUUUUCAACAAUUAAUCCACAACGAUUUGGUCAGAAGUAUGUUGGAAAGGUUGCAAACCCUCAGGAUAUUCUCAUCUUCUCAAAAUCAGCAAAGAAGCGUCAGGCUACCGGAGUAGACAAUAUUGAUGACUCUGAGAAACUUCGUCCUGAGGAACUAAACCAACAAACUAUUGAAGCUUUGGUUGCCGAAAGUAACUUGAAAAUGGAGAUUCUUCCAGUUGAUGACUUGGACAUUGCAUUGCAUGAUUUUGUGAGCAAGGAUGACAAGAUGGCAUUUUAUGCCUGUUUGCAGCGGAAUCUUGAUGAAACCAGAAAUAAAUUGAAUUUGGAGGCAGAUAAAUCUAAAAUAGAGGAAGAAGAUAUAAUAGUCAAAGUUGGCGAGUGCAUGCAGGAACAUGUGAAGGAAAGGUCUGACCGCCCCAAAGAAGACUCACGGUUCACAUCAAGCACUCAAAACUUGGGUACUGGAGGUAAAUCUGUUACAUCCCAAAGUAACCUGAACUCCUUCAGUGAUGAUGAAGACAGCAGGGAGAUGUUUCUCGGUGCGAGAGCAACUAAUGCUGGAAGAAAAACAUCUGGAUUUACAAGACCCUCUAAAGAUAAUACUGAUGCCAAAACUGGAACUUCCAGAAGGGGCAGGGGAAGAGGAACAACCUCAAUGAAGCAGACCACUCUGACUUUCAGCCAAUCAAGGUCAAGUGCUGCUAUCCGCAGUGAGGAUGUUCAAUCCUCAUCAGAUGAUGAAAAUGAGACUUAUGAAGCAAACGAAGUUGUUGAAAAUUCAGAACCGGAGGGGAGUCACCAACAAACUGGACGGAAAAGGGCAGCUCCUAGAGGUAGAGGUAGGGGUAGAGGUGCUACUGCAAAAAGGGGGAGAAAAUCAGUUGCAUCCAUCCAAAGCAUGCUAAUGAACAAUGAUGACGACGAUGAUGAAGAUGACAGGCCGAAGAAAGCUCCACCCCGGGUCACUAGGAACUAUGGUGCUGUUAGGAGGAGAUGAUAGCAAGUACAGCGCCCUCAAGAAUUUAGGUAGUGGACUCCUUUUCAUCUAUCUGGUAAAUUGCGUUUCUAAUGAACAACUGGAACGUGAAUUCACUCCAGCUCAUAACAUGCAUGCCGAUACAAGGAUUUUCUUUUUCAUCAAUAUUACUGGGUGUUAUUCAAAGCAGACCAGCACGCACGUUACAUGAUUCAGGCUUAUCUGUCCAAGUGUCCAGUUCAUACUGCCUCUCCUAAUAACUUCAU